GGAGGGGAUGAAACUGCAGAGCACAAGUUGAGCACACUACAUGUGGACCCAGUAGGCCUGGUCGCACCACCUGUAAUUCUCGUCUCACCAGCCUCAGGUGCCAGCAUGGAUGAGGAUGAGCCGCUGCUGUUUCAGGCCAGCUGGGGAGAGGAGGGUGAUGAGGAGAGGCAGGAGGAAGAGGAUGGAGGAGCACAGGCAGCAGGGCAGAGCUGCUUGUCUGGGGGGGCUGGAGUGUGUGGGCUGUGGAGGGCAGUGGCGUGGGUGUACACGCAGCCCUGUGCCAGUGGAGUGGUUUUAGGGGUAGUUGUCCUGCUACCGUGUGCCCUGUUUGCCUACAUGCUCCUCUACUGCCCUCCUCUGGACAUAGACCUCUCCUACAGUGCCUUUGAGGUUCACAGCCACUUCUCUGCCGAGCGCUUCGACGCCCUCGCCAUCGCCGUGAAGACUCAGCUGGGGUCCUGGGACAGACGUAGGCGAGACUUAGAUAACAGCGAGUCUGAGGCCCUGCUGGAGCUUUUGCUGGAGAAGCUGGGCGGACAGGGAGUGUUUAACAGGACAGAUAAUGAGGGCAUAAGGUCGUCCACUGCUCAAAACGAGCCUUUAAAUGCACCAGAUGAUCAGAGGAGAGGAGCUGCAGCAGGCAGAGAUAAAAGGACAGUGCCAGAUUUGGAUCGGGGGCAGCCGGGGGAGCACAAGAACUCAGAUCACAGAGCAGAGGAGCACGGCGAGAGAUCGUGGGACGGAAAUUCGACUUUGCCGCUCAUUAGGAGGCGCAGGUUUGCCCCCAAUUACUACUUGCAGAGCCAGGCUCUGUGGAGGAUCGAGCUUGUGUUCGUUGCUCAAGGGGCGGGCGACCGCAACAUCUUCACCCCAGAACGUCUGCAGACGAUUCACCACGUGGAGCACCUGCUCAUGCAGCACCCGCAGUUCCAUCAGUUCUGCUGGAAGCCUCUGGAGAUGUUGAGGGAUCUACCGCUGGGGCCUUCCUACUGCUCCCCACCCAGCUCGCUCCUGUCCUACCUCUACCCCAGUGAGAGGGGAGGGAAGAUAUACUAUGACGGCAUGGGCCCGGAUCUUGCUGAUAUUCAAGGUUCUCUGAGUCUGGCCAUCACCCACCCACAGUUCUACUGGUACGUGGAUGAGAGUCUGUCCCCUGAGCAUCUCUCCUCCUCUCUCUUACGCAGUGAGAUCCACUUCGGCGCUCCUCUUCCUUCCUACUACUCCCUGCAGGACCGAGCUGACGAGCAAAGAUCUCGCUUCAAAAACUUUGUGGUUCAGUAUGCAGACAUCCUGGCUAAGCAAUCUACCAGCCAGGUGAAGGUGCUGUAUGGGGGGACAGAGCUGUUUGAUGACGAGGUGAGACACACCUUCCACAACGACAUGAUGCUGGCUGUCAUCAGUGGAGCCUGCAUCACUGUGCUCGUCUAUGUCCUUACCUCCUUUUCUGUGUUUCUGACUUUCUUUGGACUUGCAAGCAUCGGACUGAGCUGCUUGAUGGCUCUAUUCUUAUACCAUGUUGUCUUUGGUGUGAGGUACCUGGGAAUUCUCAAUGGAGUUGCAGCCUUUGUUAUUAUUGGCAUUGGGGUGGAUGAUGUAUUUGUGUUCAUCAGCACCUUCAGACAGGCUUCUUAUCUGCGUCAGCCGCAGCAGCGAAUGAUCUACACAAUUAAAACAGCUGGCCGAGCUACUUUCCUCACCUCCUUCACCACUGCAGCCGCCUAUGCCGCUAACACCUUCUCCCAGAUCCCAGCCGUGCAUGACUUCGGCCUAUUCAUGGCCCUCAUUGUCAGCUGCUGCUGGCUUUGGGUAUCCGUGCUGAUGCCAGCCGCCCUGUGUGUCUGGACUGAGUGUGUGGAGCCUCAGGAACAUGUCUGGUUGAAUUGCUGGAAGCUGUUUUCGGGCCUGUCAGCGAGCCACGGCCCUUUGUCAGAUGAGGACGAUGAUGUGGCACUUCUGUCAGUGGAGAUGGAGCCAGGUUCCUGUGACACAGACGGCGAUGCAGCCAUUCUUUCCCUGUCAGUGGAGACACCUCUGUCCCCUCCAGGGCAGCGGCAUGUGGGUGUGGUGAGCACAAAGCUCCAAUGGGCCCUGAAGCACUUAGUGGCAGAGCCAGCAGUGGAGCAACGAAAAGCCGUUCUAGGCGUCUUCCUCCUGGUUCUGCUCCUAUCUGCCGGCUGCUGCUGUCUCCUGAGGCCGGCCACUCACGCCCCCCUUCUUUUCCGCCGCGACACCAACCUCCAGACUCUGCUGGCUCUGAGGAGCAACCUGAGCGGACAAGGCAUCUCCUGCCCUAUGUGCUCAGGUGUGUUCAUGGAAAAGCCGCACCCUUUGUACGCCCACACUUCCUCUUCGGCUUUCAAGUUUUCUGCACAUCAGCAGACCCCGAGCACAACGACCUCCGCUCCUCGGAGCUCAGCAAAACAACAUUCAAGCAUCAGCCCAGCCGGCUCUUUACUCACAGUGUUCAUAUCAAAGCUGGACCUCGGAGCCUCUACAACCAUUUACCGCUUCUCCCUGAACACCAGCACUCCCUCCCCAUGGAAACUGUGCAGCACAGAGCAUGAAGAGCUGCCGUCAUUUCAGGCUUAUAAUCAGCCCCGCAGCAAUUACACCACCAGAAUGACAGUGUGUGUUUCCCAUGUGUACCACCCGUACCCCAGCUGGAUGAUCACAUCCACCUCAUGUGACCCCCGUCAUGGCUGGGCGCCAGAGUUUUCCUUUUAUGCAGCAUCGUCUCCGCAACAGCACAGCAGGAGGCUGUACUUCGCCCAGCGCCGCCUGAGGCCUCAUCCCAGCCGAGUGUGUGUCAACCCUCCCGGCUGUGGCGUCAGUUCUGGGCCUGAUGGACCCACACAGGGAACCUUUUAUACUCCUCUCCCCAGUGAUACUUCAUCUGCCGUCAAAAUGAAACCAUCCAAAACGCUUGGCUUCAACCCAUGCAGUGGCGGAGCGUGCGGCCACCCAGCGGUGCGACCUCUCGUCGACACCGGGGCGAUGGUUUUUGUCGUGUUUGGCAUCCUGGGAGUCAACCGAACCGAGCGCAGGGACAACCAUGUUAUUGGAGAUAUGGGCAGCAUUAUAUUGGAUCCAGACUUUGAUAUUUUCCAGGAAAUGGGACGUCUUUGCAAGAUCUGUAAAGCGAUCAGUGCAAACAAGCAGCUUGUGAAGCCAGGAGGAGCACAGUGUCUGCCUUCAGGCAAUAAACUGUCGUCUAUUCUGCCUCUGCUCCAUCCUGAGUGUCACUCUCUCCCUGAACCAAACCUGCUCCCGGGGCAGCUCUCCCACGGAGCGGUGGGGAUGCACGGAGGCAAGGUCCGCUGGCUGUCCAUGGCCUUUGAGUCCACCACGUACAAGGGGAAAUCCUCCUUUCAGACCUAUUCCGACUUCCUUCAGUGGGAGAACUUCAUCCAGGAGCAGCUCGCCUCCCUCCCGCAGUCCUCUGCUCUGCAGCGGGGUUUCCAGACCUGCGAGCACUGGAAGCAGAUCUUCAUGGAAAUCAUAGGUGUGGAGAGUGCCCUCUGGAGUCUGCUGCUGUCUCUGGCCAUCUGUGUGGCAGCUGUGUCUGUGUUUACUGCACAUCCUCUGCUGCUGCUGCCAGUACUCAUAACCAUUCUAGGCGUGAUCUGUGUGGUGCUGGCGGUCAUGUACUGGCUGGGCUGGGAGAUGGGAGCAGUGGAGGCGAUUUCUCUGUCUAUACUUGUGGGAUCAUCUGUGGAUUACUGUCUGCACCUGGUGGAGGGAUACCUGCUGGCUGGGGCGUCCACACCCUCUACGCCUGGUCAUAACUCGGAGCCUCCGGCCGAGAGGCAGAGGCGGACCCUGGAGGCGGUGAACCAUGUGGGCGUUGCCAUAGUGUCCAGUGCCGUCACCACGGUGAUCUCCACAGUCCCCCUCUUCUUCUGCGUCAUUGUGCCUUUUGCCAAAUUUGGCCAGAUAGUGGCGAUUAACACCGCCAUCUCCAUUUUGUUCACCCUGACGGUGACUGUGGCCAUGCUGGCGUGCAUGGCCCCCGCCCGCUUCAGCAGACCCCCCGGCGCCGUGCUGAAGGCCAGCCUGGCCGUGAUGGCGGCUGCAGGCUUGGGAGCGACAGCGUGCUGGGUGGGAGGACAGCUGGGAGCGUUGGCCUGGCAGCCAGUCAGCACGUAAACACAAGUGUUGGCCAACUCGCGCUGAUGUCAGGCAGAGGAGUUCCUCUGUAUGCAAAACUGUAAGCACUGUACGUCCCUCCAUGUUCAGGAGGAAUAUCAGAUCAGUGAGUGAUCUAAUACUUUACAGCACAAAGAUGUCAGAAUCUAUUCCAUUAUUAGAAGCUGUUUCUCAUCACAAAUCCAUUUUAUUUCACUCGUAUUGAUCAGUGGAUUGUACGUACCUCUGCUAACAUGUAGUGUAAACGACUGUGACUCACAGUGGCGCGUUGACCUUUCUGGGUUGACGCGAUGAUUCAGCUGAGGUAUUGCUUGUUUGAUCCCAUAUCGCCCUAGAUAUCGCCUAGAGGUGGAGAUGGUUUGAGUAGCUGUUGGGAAACACUGGCUGAGUCACAGUUUUCAUCAGUGUAACUUAUUGAGUUGUGAAGAGCCACUGACUGUUCUGUGAACCGCUGUUGUGAACACCGUCAGCGCGCCGCGCUCUGACGUCCAUGAAGAUUCGUGUUACUGACUCACGGCCAUGUUGUGAAACAUCCCCUUUCUGUUCUCUUAGUUGUGCACUGAAUGUGUUUUCAGCCACGUUUGUAACAAAGGUUAUGAUGUCCUGAUGUGGCUGGAUUAAAAGUUGUACUAGUCAAAUUAAUCUGUGCACAUUUUUGUUAAAUGUAAGUGUUUCUGUAUGCUGUUCUCACACAGUCUGAACUGACCUGAUGCUGCCAGCAAACGUGUUACCACAAGAUAUUAGUGGUGGAGGGAAUAAUCAGGGUCUCUACUGUACAAAUACCACACCAUGAAAAUACUCCACUAUAAGCAUAAGUCCUGCAUCCAAAACCUUAAAUAAGUGAAAGUAUUAUCAGAUAAAUCUCAAGUGAAAGUACUUUUUGUGCAGUAAACUAGUCCCUGUCAGUAUUUUACUAUUAUAUCUCAUGUUUUUGGUUUAAUAUUACUGCAGUGUUCAUGUGUAGAUGUUUGGGUUGAGAUAAUUAAACUACUUCACACAGGUAGUUUAAUCUGCAUCAAUGCGUCAUAUUCUAUAAAAAGAACUACUUUUUUGGGGUUCGGUGCCUUGCUCAAGGGCAUCUUGGUAGUGGCAAGGAGGUGAACUGGCACCUCUCAAGACACCACACUCUGUACCGACUGAUUUGUGCUGAACUUUACUCCAAGAGUGUUUUUAAAAUGAUUUUAUUUAUCUUAAGAAGCAGGAGAGUGUUCUCAUCCCAUACAGGAACAUUUUUAUCAAAGUUUAUCAAAAUCAACACAUUUGGAGAUACGUGGUUUUCACUGGACAGGAAGAGGAUGAAGAAUUUUCCAUCUGAAAAGUAACUAAAGAUGUCAGACUGAUGUAGUGGAGUGGAACUAUAAAGUUGCAUAAAAAUUUAAAUACUCAAAGUACUUCAGGUUUGGAUUUAAGUGCAGUACUUGAGUAAAUGUACCGCUUAGCAAAAUAUCGUCCUCUUUUCUGACCCUUUCAUGUUUAUACCGUAGACCUCAAACUGCUGC